AUGUUCGAACCUUGUCUGGACGACUUCUUUGGUCUUGACCGUUCAAUUCCUUUCCGACGUAUAGGAGCCGAACCGGAAAGAAAGCAACUUCGCCCAGUUCCCGGUCGUGUCUUGGCUGUGUUGGCUGUGGGCAGUGUGGAAAUCUUGUGGGUGGAGCUUAAAGGCAAACGCGUGAGCGGAGCAGUGCCAGGACUUCAGACGCUUGUACGUUGGGCGGUUGCCAGGGAGAGUCGUGGCGGCUACACAUCAGACUCUGGCGAAUCGCUGCUGGAGCCAUUCGCCCAGAGGGCAGUCCUCUCCGACGUCACGCCGGCAAGGGAAGAGGCGGCAAGAAGUGACUGCACAGGGGGCUUCCUGAUCUUCCUGUUUGUUCCGAUGCAUGACUUUGCUGCCAGUGCCAGGGCAGACGAGCAACCGGCAGACGCUGCCGCGAGCUCCACAGACGCCGAUCCCGAUGCUUCCAGGCUCCAAGAUACACGGCUGCCGGCGGCUGGUGCAGAGGCUGCCGAAGACCCCGCGCUGACGCGCGACAGUGAGGUGAGCAGUGCCAGGAGCCAUUCGCCCAGAGGGCAGUCCUCUCCGACGUCACGCCGGCAAGGGAAGAGGCCGGAUGCUACUGGGCUCUCCGCCUCUCAGGAGGAGGCCAGUGCCAGUGCAGACGAGCAACCGGCAGACGCUUCCGCGAGCUCCACAGACGCCGAUCCCGAUGCUUCCAGGAGCGCCCAGAAAAAGGAGUCGGACUCUUUCAAAGCUGCCAAUGCUCUGAAAGCCAGGGUCGACGGAAGUCCAGCCGAGCUGCAGGAAGGAGCGACGGGCAGGAGCCGACCCGGAAAGAAAGCAACUUCGCCCAGUUCCCGGUCGCCGGCGGCUGGUGCAGAGGCUGCCGAAGACCCCGCGCUGACGCGCGACAGUGAGGUGAGCAGAGCCAUUCGCCCAGAGGGCAGUCCUCUCCGACGUCACGCCGGCAAGGGAAGAGGCGGCAAGAAGCCAGACGCUAUCGGGGUGUCGACAUCCCGGGAGGCCAGUGCCAGGGCAGACGCGCGACCGGCAGAUGCUUCCGCGAGCUCCGCUGACGUCGAUGCCGGUGCUUCCAGGAGUGCCCGGAGAAAAAGGGAGCCGGACCCUGUCAAUGCUGCCAAUACUCUCGAAGACAGGAGGCCGGCGGCCGGUGCAGAGGCUGCCGAAGAUUCCGAGGAGCUCCCCCGCGACAGUGGGCGGACUGCCAGGAGCCAUUCGCCCAGAGGGCGGUCCUCUCCGACGCCACGCCGGCAAGGGAAGAGGCAGGCCGAUACCGGAAUCGUGGCAUCCCAGGAAGCAGCCAGUGGCAGGGCAGAUUCGCAACCGGCAGACGCUGCCGCGAACUCAUCGGACACCGAUGCCGAUGCUUCCAGGCCGGACGUACCAGGAGUAAGCCUGGACACGUGGCCCACGAGGGACAGCAGCACUGCCGCCAACUUCGAAGAUCACAGCGAUGUCCAGAGAACCGAGCCUGAUAAGAUGAGCGGCCUGCAGCGCGCAAAGCCAACCUCAAGGGCCCAGUCCGGGCCGAAGGAGAACCUGGGUGGCCGAGACGAGGGUACAAGGGACAAGUCGGCAACAGGGAGCCUCAAGAAAGGAGGCGAGGCGAGCAAGACGGGUCCGAAGGAGCCGUCCAGGAGCACUUCGCCCACGACGGAGAAGCAGCAGCGUGGCGAAGCUCCCAGCGUGAAAGCGCCGGCAGCCUCCGUGAGCGAAGGUAAGCUUGUUGUGGCAGAGCAUUUUGCAUUGCCCGUCGCAGGAGGCGAGGCGAGCAAGACGGCUUCGAAGGAGCCGUCCAGGAGCACUUCGCCCACGACGGAGAAGCAGCAGCGUGGCGAAGCUCCCAGCGCGAAAGCGCCGGCAGCCUCCGUGAGCGAAGGAACGGCAAAGUCACCAAAGUGGGACUUCAAGAAGGGAGAUGAUCCCAGCAAGAAGACAUCGCAGCAAGACCCAGCGAGGAGCACCACGGCGAAGCCAGACAGGCAGCAAGCUGCUGAAGGGUCCGGCAGCUCCAGCACAGCCAAGCCGCGAGCAGACGAAGCUUCCACGCCCCCACAAAGCCCGAGGCCACUGAACGGACCGCCGGAUCUUUGGUUGUCGUUGUGGCGUGGGAGUGUGCGACUUGUGUGCGUCAGGGGCCAGUCUGCAACAUGGAGCUUCAAGAAAGGAGGCGAGGCGAGCAAGACGGCUUCGAAGGAGCCGUCCAGGCAGGGGCAUGUGCGGAAGAAAUCGGAGAAAACAAAGCAUGGCCAGUGCACGUCUUGCGUGAGGGAUCCUGCUGCGGGCCAGGAGCACUUCGCCCGCGAUGGAGAAGCAGCAGCGUGGCGAAGCUCCCAGCGUGAAAGCGCCGGCAGCCUCCGUGAGCGAAGGGCAAAGUCACCAAAGUGGGACUUCAAGAAGGGAGAUGAUCCCAGCAAGAAGACAUCGCAGCAAGACCCAGCGAGGAGCACCACGGCGAAGCCAGACAGGCAGCAAGCUGCUGAAGGGUCCGGCAGCUCCAGCACAGCCAAGCCGCGAGCAGACGAAGCUUCCACGGGCCAGUCUGCAACAUGGAGCUUCAAGAAAGGAGGCGAGGCGAGCAAGACGGCUUCGAAGGAGCCGUCCAGGAGCACUUCGCCCACGACGGAGAAGCAGCAGCGUGGCGAAGCUCCCAGCGCGAAAGCGCCGGCAGCCUCCGUGAGCGAAGGUAAGCUUGUUGUGGCAGAGCAUUUUGCAUUGCCCGUCGCAGGAGGCGAGGCGAGCAAGACUGCUUCGAAGGAGCCGUCCAGGAGCACUUCGCCCACGACGGAGAAGCAGCAGCGUGGCGAAGCUCCCAGCGCGAAAGCGCCGGCAGCCUCCGUGAGCGAAGGUUGGGUUGAAUUCUCUGAACGCCAGCCUGCCUGGAGGGCACAGUCACCAAAGUGGGACUUCAAGAAGGGAGAUGAUCCCAGCAAGAAGACAUCGCAGCAAGACCCAGCGAGGAGCACGACGGCGAAGCCAGACAGGCAGCAAGCUGCUGAAGGGUCCGGCAGCUCCAGCACAGCCAAGCCGCGAGCAGACGAAGCUUCCACGGGCCAGUCUGCAACAUGGAGCUUCAAGAAAGGAGGCGAGGCGAGCAAGACGGCUUCGAAGGAGCCGUCCAGGAGCACUUCGCCCACGACGGAGAAGCAGCAGCGUGGCGAAGCUCCCAGCGCGAAAGCGCCGGCAGCCUCCGUGAACGAAGGUAAGCUUGUUGUGGCAGAGCAUUUUGCAUUGCCCGUCGCAGGAGGCGAGGCGAGCAAGACGGCUUCGAAGGAGCCGUCCAGGAGCACUUCGCCCACGACGGAGAAGCAGCAGCGUGGCGAAGCUCCCAGUGCGAAAGCGCCGGCAGCCUCCGUGAACGAAGGUAAGCUUGUUGUGGCAGAGCAUUUUGCAUUGCCCGUCGCAGGAGGCGAGGCGAGCAAGACGGCUUCGAAGGAGCCGUCCAGGAGCACUUCGCCCACGACGGAGAAGCAGCAGCGUGGCGAAGCUCCCAGCGUGAAAGCGCCGGCAGCCUCCGUGAGCAAAGGACCUAUAGGAGCUGACAGUGCUGACGCGUCCCUGCACGUGGGCUCGAUCGUUCUUGUCUUGUUAAAUCUCCCUCUUGACUCAUCCCAUCAGGGCGGCGUCCCGCUCCGCGUCGCCGGGAAAGGAACCUGGCGAUCGAGUGCUGCUGGAAAGUGGUCCAAGUAUGUCGCGCUGCAGCGCUCGAGGAGCGCUUCAAACGAAGACAGCGCCAGGGAGCCGGCUUCGAGGGACAAGAAGUGGAACUUUGCCGAGCGAGUUCUCAGAUCGAGAAGUCCGUCUGCGGGAGCAGAAGAACGCAGCCACAGGCGCUCGACAUUGCUGGACGCCUGCAUUGGUGAGGCAGGAGACUCGCUGGCGCCGAAGCUGGGUACUGAUGCGCCCCUCAACGCGGACUCCCUUGCGCAGUAUUUUCAGGCCAAGCGUGAUGCUGAAAGAACAGGUCAAGCCCCUGCUGCCCACAGCACGCAGGAGGAGCUCGAACGCGUGCCGCGCUUCGGCUCAGAAGCGAGUUCUGAGGAGGGCCCACCUACGAGUCUUCCGCUGCAACUCCUCCAGGCGGAGCUCAAGACGAUGAAAGUCUCGGAUUUGAGAGACCGGGCUGCGACCUAUGGCUGUGCAGAAGAGACGGUGCGGGCUGCCCUGGACAGCCCAACCCCGAAGUCAGCGCUGACGGAACUCAUUCUGGACGUGGCGAGGGAUGCCAGCGAUGCCCUCAUGGAGAUGAGCUGGACCGAGCUGAAGCAGCAUGCCGAGGAGAUGGGUAUCACGGAGGCCUUUGUCUCCUUUUCUGUCCUUCGCUACACGAAGUGUAUUUCUGUCCUUCUUGACAUGUCCGUUUGCCUCUACGCAACUCCCGCUGCACAGCUCGCCGGCGCCCAGGAGGGCAAGAAUCCAAAGGUAGCGCUUAUCAUGGCAAUUUUCGGGAGCGGCAGCGACCAAGGAUCUCGUUCAAGACCUGGCCCCCAUCAGCUUGGCUCGCGCCUCAAGGGCUUGUCCUUCUUCGCUAAGGCCCUGGUGCCUUCGGCAUGGUCUGGUGGCCGCGACCUCAAUUCAUGUCAGUGGGAAAGUGCUUUGGACUUCUUCUCGACUUUGGAGGAGCGACCGGAAGAUGUGAUGCAGCCCGGCAGUGGCAGAGGAAGCCAGAAAGGCGGGGGUGAUGAGGGGUGCAGCACAUGUGACAGUGGAACAUCGACAUGGAAGGAGCCGGCGACCCUCAGACGAAGACGAUAA